GUGACCCCGUAAGGGCGACGAAACUACGCAACACGUCGACCGUCGUUCACCUCCAGCCAUAUUCCGUUGUUUAUCAGCUGGAGGCAAGUGGAGCAGGCAGCGCUGUUGCUGUGUACCGCUCCUGCUACUGCUGCUGUAGAGGCUCCUGCAGCAGAGGUGUGUUUUGGUGUGACGUGAUCAUAUGAUGGAAAACAACUGGUGUUGUAACCGCAAGCUAAGAUAAUGCUUAUUAAGAUGUAAUAAAUGUAGAAUGUUUGAUGCCUCAGAAUAAUGAUUGAUGCUUCGGUAAAAAAAGACAAUGGAGACAUGAAUAUUAGAAAAUUACACAUGGCUUUUUAGAUAUAAGUCUUGUGGUGUUGCGUAAUGACUUCGGUGAAAAGCAUUUAAUAGAGGCUUUUUUUAUUUAUUUUUAGUUAAAAAGCUCAGGUGUUUAUUUUUAUUUAUUUUUGUUUGUGGGGGCUUUGGAGAAUAAAAGCUGACAAAAUUGUUACACAGUGACCUGAAACAAAAGAAGUGUCUUUGAAAGAAAGGCUCCAAAUGAUGAAGAUGGGUCACCUGAGCAAUGCACAGUUAAGGAGGCUGGAGGAGCACAAGUAUUCUUGUGCCUCCAGCUCUCUUAUGGACCCCAUGAUGCAAAAAUGGUGGUGUUGGCUAGUGGAACAAAUUUCCAUGACUCUAGCGCCCAACCUCAUCACCAUCGCUGGCCUAUUCAUCAACAUCGUCACCUCGUUACUCUUAGUGUACUACAGCCCGGAUGCCAAGCAAGAGGUGCCUCGUUGGGCAUGUUUUCUUUGUGCCCUGGGGCUAUUCAUCUACCAAAGCCUUGAUGCAAUUGAUGGGAAGCAGGCACGACGCACAGGAACAUCUUCACCGCUAGGAGAGCUCUUCGAUCACGGCUGUGACUCGCUCUCUACAGUAUUCGUCUCUCUUGGCGUGUGCUGUUCUGUGCGACUAGGAACUCAUCCCUAUUGGAUGUUUUUCCAGUGCAUGAUGGCUGUUAGCCUGUUCUAUUGUGCACACUGGCAAACCUAUGUGUCGGGCACACUUCGAUUUGGAUAUGUGGAUGUGACCGAAGCGCAAUUUGGUGUGAUUAUCAUUCAUUUGAUUACUGUCAUAUUUGGACCAGGAGUUUGGUCUGUUAAGAUUCCAGGAACAGAGCUUGCUUUUAUUGCCAUAUAUAUCACACUUGGUGUUGCGCAAGUGAUAUUGAAAUUGUGGCAUUGCAUUCCCGUCAUUCUGUGGGGAGGGGCAGGGAGGAAUGGCUCUACUAUUGCUCUUCCUUAUUUUGGAAUUACGAUGCAGCUGCUAAUAGUGUACUUCAUAAUGAUGUUCCAGCUUUUCUUGGGAUAUUCGUAUAUGCACACGAUUCCAUAUUCUGGAGCUGGAAAAAAUGGCUCGACAGUGGCAACUUGUUUACAACUAACUCCACCCCAAAAAACCCAUUGCACAGGUACAAGCGUGCUAUCACCAGUUGUACCGUUGGCUUUCAUCGUUGCUCCUGCAAUCCUGAUAGCAUGGAAAAGUCCAGAUGGUUUAUAUCUACAAAACCCAACUAUAUAUCUCCUUACCUUCGGUUGUGUGUCGGCUCGAAUCACCAAUAGGCUAGUUGUUGCUCAUAUGACUAAAAGUGAGAUGGCAUACAGUGAUGCUUCUCUUCUAGGCCCUGGUGCCCUCUUCCUCAACCAGUACUUCAAUUGUCCCAUCCCAGAGAAAUUUCUCCUAUAUGUUGUUUGUGUAUAUGUUAUUUAUGACCUCAUCAAGUAUUGCCGAGAAGUUUGUUUGGAAAUUUGCAGUCACUUGAACAUAAUGUUGUUUACCAUUGUUCCAAAAUAUGUAUCGGGAGCAAAGAGUUUGUCUUCGGCGGAGAAAAAUGGCAGCUCGUCCAAAUAUUUGACCCGUAGUAAGAGUAAGGUGAAAACUAACUAAGAAUAUUAUAAGUAGCUGUUAACUAUACAGGUAAAUCUAUAAGUAGCAUAAGACUAGGAAUUGUUAUGUAGGGAAAAGUUGUUUGUAUUUUAUUACAUGUUUUAUGUUGGUUAGUGUCCAGUUUGUCCUCCAACUCUCUUGAAUGUUUUCAUAUGUCUAGAUUUAGCAUUUAUGUACCAUUCAAGUCUAAGACCAGAAUGAAUACGAUGCAUUAUGGUGUUUUAGUUACUGUAGCAGCAAUAAAAGAAAUCCUCUUGACAUUUUAAGAUGCUAAUUUUAGCCUUGUAUUUGAAUGAAAGUAGGCAUUCCUUACCAUAAGUUUUUUACCUUCAUAGAGAGGAAAACAAAUAGGUAGCACUGUAUUGCACAGAAUGUUGCUUUUGAAGUCUGUUCAAUCCCUCAAAGAAUAUGUUGUUUGAAAUUAUUUACCUUGGAGUUGGAGUUAAGGAGAAUUAAUUAUUAACAAGUAUUUCGCAAACCUUUUUGUUGAGGACACUGCAGGGUAUGGAAUUUUCAACGUCAAAUUAUCAGGUCGAGUGCUAAAUGAUGACUAUAUUUGUACUGUAUAUCCUUGAUGCUAUUUUUCACGGACAAACGUGUUUCAAAAUAUGCUGUGCUAUGCAAUGCUCAUUUCGGCUUUUUAUUGAGGCAGAAUAUUUCCUUAAUUUGUGGUGAAAUGCACUCAAACCUUGAUUGAACAUCAGCUUUUAUUGGAGGAUCAAAUCCCCAGUGCGGUAUAUAAAGAUCUGGUGAAUUCUGCGUCUGUGUUUUUGGCAAGUGGCCUUCUUGUGACCUGAUCUUCUGGACAGAAUUUGCACUAUUGCUUAUCUUUCAUAACAGUGUAUGGCUAAUGUAAACAUGAUUCAUGAAAAUAAAUUUACCACCUUUU